AUGGCUUUCAUGUCUUACAAGAAAAACAAUCUCAUGAAAUUCGGACAACAUUUUAGUGAACGAAUAAAUUGUAAAAAUUUAUUAGACCACAAUGAAACUUGGCAUGGUAUAUCUAAUAUGAAUUUUAAAGUUAUGAUUAGUGAAUUUAAUGAGUUCUCAUUGGAACUCUUUUCUACACCAUCGGGUGAAUUGAGAUUUUGCUUCAUGACACUUAGUGCCUCAUGA